AUGUAUCAUUCUUGUAUUCUUAUGUAUUGCUUUGUAUUCUUAUGGAUUCCUUUUGUAUUCUAUUGUAUUAUGAGUGUACAAUUUUGGCUGGUGGGGGUUACCCCUCGAGAAUAUGUAUUAGCUUUAUGCUUAUUAUUAUAUAUGGACCUCAAAAACCAAAUGCCUUUGAAGAAAAAAAAUCGCACUAGGUACCUACCUGUAACGAAGGCGAAUGUUCAAAAUAAUCAUAAUCUCUCAAAGAGACCGCCUUCCUUCGGAUUAGUUCGUUUCAGCAUUGCCUGUUCGGCAACAGUUCAAUUCGGUUCAGCACAGUUCUGA